UAGACUCUUUUCACAUCGAAUGAAAGUUGGUCUUCCGCUGUUUUUGUUUGUCGUUGUCCAUACAAGAUAAUCAACUAAAAAUGAUUGAAGUUUUUCUAUUUGGAAUCGUGCGGGUUCUAUACCAUUCACAAUUUUCAAUGCACGGAUAAUUCCACGAGAAAUCGGAAAUCUUGUUAAUUUGGUGCAAUUAGUUGUGGAUAGAAACUAGAUUACCGACUCUAUCCCCAUCUCCAUAUGCAAUAUCUCCUCGUUGCAAGUUGUUUCACUAAGGAGGAACAAUCUCAAGGGAUCCUUACCACGGAAGAUUAGAAACUUAACCAAGAUGCAAGUUUUAUAUCUUGGCCAAAAUAGCUUUACUGGUACGUAUUCAAAGUGAUAGCAAAAAGUACAACGUAUACUGUAUUAAACUCACUAGUAUUCAUUCUUUCUUUAUGUACAUGUUGACAGGUGAAAUACCAAAAGAGAUAAAAAAAUCUCGUUGAGUUGGAGGAAUUUGACAUUGAGUUUAAUAGUUUUAGUAGUUCACUUGCCAUGGAAAUCUUCAACAUAUCAGGGCUGAGAGCAAUUGAUCUUUCAUCCAACAAUCUAUCAGGAACCUUUCCACCAAACAUAGGUUCUAUCUUACCCAACAUUGAACAGCUUUAUUUGCAUAGCUUAACCAAUCUUGUUGGGACUAUUCCUCAUUCUAUCUCCAAUUGUUCAAAGCUUACUCAUCUAGAGCUUUCAUACAUCAAACUCACUGGCUUCAUUCCCAAUUCUCUUGGAUAUUUGACUCAUCUACACUAACUAAACUUGGGGGGAAACAAUUUAACCAGUGACUCCUCGUUGAGCUUCCUGACUUCAUUAACCAAUUUGAUAUAUCUUAUUUUAUGUUUCAACCAUCUAAACGACAUGCUUACAGUAUCUGUAGGGAACCUUUCCACAUCUCUAACGACGUUUUACACCACUUGUUGCAAAAUCAAAGGGAGAAUUCCAAAUGAAGUUGGGAACUUAAGCAGCUUAUUAGACCUUGAUCUUACUAAUAAUAACUUGAUUGGAUCAAUUCCUACAUCAACUCGUAACUUGAGAAACCUUCAGCGCUUGUACUUGCACAACAACAAAACUUACAGGAUUUAUUGGAGAUAAUCUAUGUAAAUUGACACAUUUGGGUGCUAUUUCCUUGGGUCAAAAUCAACUUUCAGGAGCACUUCCUAAUUGUUUAGGGAAUGUUACUUCCCUUAGGUUGUUACAUAUUGGUUCCACUAAAUUGAUUUCCACGAUACCAUCAAGUUUAGGAAAUCUUAAAGAUCUAAUAGAGCUUGACUUAUCAUCAAACAACAUGGCUGGUUCUUUACCUCCAGAAAUCGGAAAUUUAAAGGUUGCGAGACUGAUAGAUCUGUCAAGGAAUCAAUUAUCAAAUGGAAUUCCUAGAGAAAUAGGAGGAUUGCAAAAUCUUGUGCACCUUUCUUUGAGACAUAACAAGUUACAAGGAACUAUACCUGACUCAAUGAGCAACAUGGUAGGUUUGGAAUUCCUAGACCUUUCUCAUAAUAAUAUAUCGGGAACCAUUCCUAUGUCUUUGGAGAAACUUCAAUACCUCAAGUAUUUCAAUGUUUCUGACAACAAAUUGUAUGGUGAAAUACCCUCGGGGGAUCCUUUCAAGAACCUCUCAAGUCAGUUUUUCAUCUACAAUGAAGCAUUGUGUGGUUCUUCAAGAUUUAGUGUCCCUCCAUGCCCCACUUCAUCAAAGCACAGAUCAAAUAGGAAAAAAGUGCUACUUCUUUUUCUCUUGUUGGGAAUUGCACUUGUAUUUGUUCCUAUUACCUUUGUGUUUGUAUGGAUAAGGAAUAGAAGAGGUAAAAGUUCUUCUCAACAAGCUGAUUCAUUGUCUACCGUAGCAAGAGAAAGAAUUUCAUACUAUGAACUGCUCCGAGCAACUAAUGCGCUUAGCGAGAGUAAUCUGAUUGGUUCUGGAAGUUUUGGUUCUGUUUACAAAGGCGUUCUCAGAAGUGGGACUGCCAUUGCAGUUAAAGUGUUCAAUCUGCAACUGGAAGCGGCAUUCAAAAGUUUUGAUACAGAAUGUGAAGUUUUGUGUAGCCUUCGCCAUAGGAAUCUCGUGAAAGUCAUCAGUAGUUGUUCCAACCUUGAUUUUAAGGCUUUAGUGCUCGAGUAUAUGCCUAAUGGAAAUCUUGAGAAGUAUUUGUAUUCGCACAACUACUUCCUAGAUAUCAGGCAGAGACCAAGCAUUAUGAUAGAUGUGGCAUGUGCACUGGAAUAUCUCCAUCAUGAGUGCUUGUUACCCGUGAUUCACUAUGAUCUAACGUCUUGCUGGAUGAGGAUAUGGUUGCCCACCUAA